AUUCCGAAAAAGGUAAAAUCAUCGAAUGCAUCAAAGAGAACGUAAUAUAAACGUCAACGUAAAUGAAUAAAGGACUAUUAUUAUUAAUAAAUUUAUAAAAUUCAUAAAAUUUAUUAAAGUGUGCGGCACCGUGAAUGUAGAACUUCCGGCGGAACAGCAUUGUCGCAGAUGAUCACGUGAUCGAAGAUCGACUUCUUCGUUUGUGGCCACGAGGUUUUGUGGUGAAAAUUAAGUUUACCGGGUGGAAAAGGCCCUAUAUUUUUGUAUUUAUACAAAAAUGCCCUCCAGCAAUCCCUUACCACCCAAAGAAAAUGCCUUGUUUAAACGAAUUCUGAGGUGUUACGAACAUAAACAAUAUAAAAAUGGGAUAAAGUUUGCAAAGCAAAUUUUAUCAAACCCUAAAUUUAGUGAACAUGGAGAGACCUUGGCAAUGAAAGGUCUCACUCUGAACUGCUUAGGUCGCAAGGAAGAAGCAUAUGAUCAUGUCCGGAGAGGUCUUAGGAAUGAUUUGCAAUCUCAUGUUUGCUGGCACGUUUAUGGACUUUUACAACGCUCGGAUAAGAAAUAUGAUGAAGCUAUUAAGUGUUAUAGAAAUGCCCUUAAAUGGGAUAAGGAUAAUAUUCAAAUUCUUAGAGACUUAUCGCUGCUUCAAAUUCAAAUGAGGGAUCUGGAGGGUUAUAAGGAUACAAGAUAUCAAUUGUUUAUGUUACGUCCUACACAACGUGCUUCAUGGAUUGGUUUCGCUAUCUCAUAUCAUUUAUUAAAAGAUUAUGAAACGGCUCUUAAAAUUUUAGACACAUUUCGAAAUUCUCCCAUGAUUUGUUAUGAUUAUGAGCACAGUGAAUUGUUAUUAUAUCAAAAUAUGGUUAUCCAAGAAUCAGGAGAAUGCGAACAGGCAUUAAAACAUCUUGACAAAUAUAGUGAUCAAAUUUGUGAUAAAGUUACUGUAAAAGAAACAUAUGGUAAAUUAAGAUUACAAUUAAAACAAUAUGCAGAAGCAGCACAAGUUUAUAAGGAACUUUUAAAUAUAAAUCCAGAAAAUACAACUUAUUAUGCUAGGCUAGCAGAGGCUGAAAGACAUACUAAACCUGAAGAAACAUUAGCUAUGCUCCAAAGAUACGAAGAAUUAUUUCCUCGAGCGUUAGCACCGCGUCGCUUACAAUUAAAUUAUGCUGUAGGAGAUGAAUUUAAAACAUUAGUAGAUCGAUACUUACGAAGAGGUCUUCAUAAAGGUGUACCGCCCUUGUUUGUAAAUCUUCGUUCCUUGUAUACAGAUCAACAAAAGGUUGAUACUAUACAGUCUUUGGUUUUGGAAUAUAAAGAAGCAUUAAAAGCUCAUGGGCAUUUUAGUGAUCAAGAGAAAGAUAAUCCGCGAGAACCUGCUUCGGCAUUGUUAUGGACUUAUUAUUAUUUAGCACAACACUAUGAUCAUCUUGGACUUACAGAAAAAGCACUAAAUGAAAUUGAUGCUGCCAUAGAACAUACACCUACACUUAUAGAACUUUUUGUUACCAAAGGUCGCAUUUAUAAGCAUGCCGGUAAUGUCCAAGAAGCUUAUAAAUGGUUGGACGAAGCACAAGGAUUAGAUACUGCAGAUCGAUAUAUCAAUUCCAAAUGUGCCAAGUACAUGUUGCGAGCGAAUCUCAUUAAAGAGGCGGAAGAAACAUGUAGCAAGUUUACUAGGGAAGGUGUUUUAGCUAUGGAGAAUUUAAAUGAAAUGCAGUGCAUGUGGAUUCAAACAGAGGCAGCUAACGCUUAUAAACGCCUUGGAAAGUAUGGGGAGGCAUUAAAAAAAUGUCACGAAGUUGACAGGCAUUUUUCUGAAAUAAUAGAAGAUCAAUUCGACUUUCAUACUUACUGUAUGAGAAAAAUGACCUUGAGGUCUUACGUGGGUCUUCUAAGGUUAGAAGACGUGCUCCGAGCUCAUCCAUUUUAUUUUAAAGCAGCGAAAUGUGCAAUGGAGGUUUAUUUACGACUACACGAUGAACCGUUACCCGAUCCAACGCAGGCGCAAGAAAUCGACACCGAAAAUUUAGCGCCAUCAGAAUUAAAAAAAUUGAGAAACAAGCAGAGGAAACAACGUAGAAAGGCUGAAUUGGAAAGACAACAGGCUGCUCAAGCUCAAGAAAAAAGAGAACAGCACAAUAAAUCACGGCAACAGACCGAUCCUGAUUUAGAACAACCUACGCUAGAUGAACUUAUACCGGAGAAACUGGAAAGGAUCGAGGAUCCGUUAGAGCAGGCAAUCAAAUUUUUACAACCAUUGCAAGAUUUGGCAUCGAAUAGAAUAGAGACGCAUCUUAUGGCAUUUGAAAUAUACAUUCGUAAAGGUCGUACGUUGUUAAUGUUAAGGUCGAUAAAACGUGCACACGGUCUAGAUCCUAAUAAUCCAGAUCUUCAUACAUGUUUGGUACGUUUCAUGUUAUACAUUAACCGUUCACCGUUGGAAGGGCCUGUAGGUGAAGUAGUGAAACGGCAAACAUCAGGAAUUUAUUCAGCUUCAACAGCUACUCAAUUGAAUGCUGAAUUCCUAAAAAAGAAUCGAAACUCACUGCCGCAUCUACUUCAGGGUGCAAGGAUGUUAUAUGUCCUGGAUCCCUCUGCUCAAAUAAAAGCUCUCUCACUUAUCACAAACAUUGAUGGUCUCGAAAGUGUAACACUCCAGAAUUGUACAAAAGUAUUGGAGUCAUUAUGCAACGGUGACUUUGGUCAUUGCGAUUCAACGAUCACUGAUUUUAUGGUGAAAUGUCAUAAAUAUUUCCCAUACGCGACCGCUUUUCGACCGCCAGAAACAAAAGUGACCGUAACAAUCAAACAUCAAGAAAAAGAGAAUUCCAUCAAGAACUGAUCCAGGCACGCGCUAUCCAGCGUUACUGAAUCGUUAUGUAGUUAGACGACGAGGCAAGUGAAGGAGAAAUAUGCUAAAAUAUGUUUCGAUCUACGUUGAAGAAACAAAAGAAAAAAAAAAGAAAAGAAAGAACGAAAUUAACGUUAAAUAAAAAAAAAAAAAAAAACGAACUUGAACGAUGAACAUAUAUAGUGAAAGAAGAAACGAAAUUGGCGGAUUUAAUAUUAAUAAUUAUUAAACAUGUAUUAUACACGAACUGUUCCUGGAACGUUUCAUGUAGUGUGAACAGUGCUGGAUAAACAGUCUUUAAUAAUAAAUUAUAACAUGAUGGGACAUGAGAGACAAACGCCUCUGAAGGUCCCGAAUUUUAGGUGAACGAAGAAAAGAAUGGCUUUAGCUAAAUAUUAAUUAACAAUUGGUACAGAACGAAUUAAAUGAACGUUCUAUUCGACAGAACGUUCACGUUAAGAAGGAUUGACAAAGUGUGAAAAUGUUUAGUGCACGGAUGGGAUUGGGGCAGGGUGGUGAGGAAUGGGGUGGAGUACAGUGUGUAAAAUAUAUGACGUGCGUAAACUAACACAUUGGUACAAAAUACAAGACUUGUAUACAUUCAUAUGCGCGCUCUAUGAAUAUUUCUACUUGAUGUUAAGGUGUACUAUUUUCAGCGAUGUCUACAUGAAAUACUCUACUAUGUAGAGUUUGAAAACUAGACGAUCAUCGAGCACCGAUAAUUGUACCACAUAUGUUCGACGCUACUUUUUGAGAAUAGACUUUGUUCCAAGUCACGUAAUUUGUCUGGUUCACUUAAUUCGUAAAAACUGGUUCAAAUUUGUCAAGUGAACAAAUACAAUCUAUCGUUUUCCUUCUAGAAAUAUCAUUUUAUUCCUAUGUUUAAAACCAGGGUAAUAAUCUACGUUUGGAUUGGAGCCCUGAUAUUCCAUCGAGAGAACAGUCAAUAUGGAAGUAAUGUCCAUUUGCGAAAGUCUCUGUACGAAACUUAUUAUAAGAACGAUAAAAGUGCGUAUUGUAUACGCAAAUUACCAAAGUAUAUGAUAAAUUGAAAAAUAAGUGUCAAUAGCAAAACAAACAAACAGAAUAAAAAAACAUAUAUCUGUAUGUGAUCAGAUACACAGAAAUUUUAAUAAAAGAUAAUGUUUAAAUUUACAGGUAUAAAUCGAAUGAUGUUAUGAUUGCCUUGUUUAUUUUUCAAAAUGCCAAUAUAUACUUAUAAGUUGUGAGUUUCCUUGAAUGAAAAAGAAAAAAGUUCAACAAAAUGCAGAUAUUACAAACUAGUGAUAAUGUUUGUAUAUAUUUCAACUAUUACGUUAACAAUAUAUAUAUAAAUAUACAUACCACACUUCCUAUUUUAUUUAAGUCAUAGAAUAUAAUUUUGCGAUUAGUUAAUAUAAUAAUAUGGCAGUGUUGAAAGCUCACUGAAUAUCAUCUUAAUGGUAAUCAUAAAAAUAAGAUAUUUGCAUCAAGCGGUAUUCAUAGUAAUAUAUAUUUAAUAUUUCAAUUUGCUCCUAAAACAUGCCGAAUAAAAUUUCACUACGUGCAAAAUUAAUCGAUGGAAUAAUCUUCUAUCAAAAUAUAAUGAACAUGAUUAUAUUGUUUAAAUUCAUACCUUCUGUAAAUGCAUGGAAUGUUUCUCAGGGCUACGUAAAUAAUAUCGUAACAUAAGCGAUAAUGUAGAUGUUUUAUUCAUUCACUUUGCCAUUAGUCAUUUAAUUAUUGUACAAUGCAAAUAAAAUAUAUGAUUACUAUACUAGUCUAUCGAUAUACGAAAUGUAAACAAUUUACAUUAGAAAAAAUAAUGCACAUUAUCAUACAUCACUCACAUUACAACUUUUGACCAUGCAUCUACCGAAGCGUUUUUAUCUUUUAAUACUAUUUCUUUUUUAAAUAUAUUAUUUACAUUUUACGCUUAAAUUCAUGCAUAAUUACUAAAUUUUGGAAAGAUAAUGUGUAUAUAUAUAUAUUAGUUGCUCCAAUCUUUACCGGAGGUUGUUACCUCGAUAUAAAAAUUUCUAUUUCGCUCGUAAAACUAAUUAUCAAAUCUUUAAGAAAUAAAUAAUGUUGAUUAA